CUUUCAUAAAAAUACAAAAAUUCACUGUGUUGUUAUGGCAGCUAGUAAAUUAUUCGGCUCCAUUGAAUUACUUUUCAUAAAAUUUUUUGUUGUUACAAUAAUAUUUUGUGUUGCCUAUAAGUCUCAAUCAAUAGUAGAGUCUAUAAAUUCAUAUAAAGAAACCGAAAUGUCUACAAAACAUAUAUUUAGCACAAAUUUUGAAGUCUUUGGAAAAGUACAAGGAGUAUUUUUCAGAAAGCAUACCGAAAAACAAGCAAAAUUGUUUGGACUACGUGGUUGGUGCAUGAACACUUCUCAGGGUACCGUGCGUGGUCAAAUGGAAGGAGAACUCGAUAAAGUCAAUGAAAUGAAAAAYUGGUUGGAAACCAAAGGCAGUCCGAAAUCGCGUAUAGACAAAGCCGUCUUUUCGGAAACGAAAGAAAUACCAGAUUAUACUUUCAAAGCAUUUACAAUUAAACGUUAAGGACUAUAACUAUUCCAAUCUUCAAAAUUCAGAGGAAAGUUUCAAAAUCAUCAUGUUCUUGAUUAAACUAUUGUUAUUGUGGAUGCAACUCUGAAAUGUAGAUAAGGCAGUGGUUUGUAGAAGAAAAGCGUGACUAUUGCAUAUUUCCACUUGAUCAAUGAAUAUAAGUUUGUACCAUUAGACAUUGGA